AUGAGUUCUAAGUGGUGGUUUUGUUAUGGGCCUGAUGGUUUUCAGAACAUUAAGCAGCAUCCCUUCUUCGCCAACAUCAAUUGGGAGCACUUGUACCACAAGAAGCUCAUUCCUCCCUUCAAGCCACCCUGCACUAGAGUUGAUGACGCAUUUAACUUCGACCCUGAGUUUACUGUAAAAACACCGUUUGCAUUGGAGCGUGGACUUGGUACAUUCCUAGCCGCUUCGCCGACAUCUUUUAUGAAUCUUGGGAUUACUAGCACCAAGCUACAACUCGUCAAAGAGUUAUUUGCGAUGCCGGGUGGGAUUGUAACAAGUCUACGGUCCAACGCUGGGACUGCUAUAGCAGAGAACUUCGGUGCGUCAAAACUUACUGCCACUGAAAACACGACCAAAGCUGGUCUGGAAUCUGCGACCGCUACUGAUGAAAUCGAGCAUUUGUGCAGUCUUGUAGGAAAGAACAACACUCUUCCUCAGCCUGACCAAUUGAAAUGA